AUCACAGCAAACGAUUAAAAUCAAAGACCUUUGCUUUAGCUAAAAUCCCAAAGCAUUUAGUCUUCUAAAAAAGCUGUUUGACGUGAAAAAGCCAGCAACAGAAUAGCGAACACUGGGUAUUAGUCCUUUUUUCUUCUUACAAAGAUUAAGAAAAGAAAGGAAAAGUCCAAAACCCAAAGCUGCAUACAGGGCUGUGUAGAGUAACUGCACGGACUGCAGAAGCUUACAAAGUCCUACAGUAAAGACAAUUACAUUGAAGGCAAUUAUAUGGAUUUGGAAAGAUGUUUCUUCAGUUUAAUCGCAUAAUAUGAUUUUCCAAGGAUUAUUGAUGAGAAAGAAUUUUUAUGUCAGUUUACAAGAAAAGAUCUUAUGGAGAUAUCUUUGUUGAAAGCACUUCUUACUAGCAUUUCUUCAGUUUUAAAUUUAUCAUCUUCUGAGAAAAUAAACUCGGAGCCAGUUCAGAAGUACUACCAGAGAGCAGAAGAGAUACUAAAGUUAUUGAAGCCAAUUCUGAAUGCAAUUGUCGAUUCAGAAAUUACUUCUGAUGAAGUGCUCAGUAAGGCAUUCGAAGGAUUGGGUCUCUAUAUAGAAGAACUGAGAGAGCAAUGUGAUAGUUGGCAACCCCUUUCCAGUAAAGUUUACUUUGUUCUGCAAGUUGAUUCACUAAUAUCAAAGAUUCACAAUUCUAGCCUGGAUAUUGUCCAGUUCUUGAGGCUUUCUCAUCAGCAUCUACCUGAUGAAUUGAGUUCAGCAUCCCUGGAGCACAACUUGCAGAAAAUUAAGCAUGUCGGAUAUGAACAAACAUCAUCUAUCAUUAGGGAAGCCAUUAGGGAUCAAGUGGAUAGCGUUGGACCAAGCUCAGAAAUACUAGCAAAAAUUGCAGAGAAUUUGAGCCUGAGAUCAAACCAGGAGAUUCUGAUAGAGGUUGUGGCCCUUGAAAAGUUGAAAGAGAAUGCUGAACAAGCUGAAAGAACUGAAGAAGCCGAGUUUGUUGAUCAAAUUAUUGGUCUUGUAACUUGCAUGCAUGAUCGGCUUGUCACAAUAAAGCAAUCACAGACUUGUAGCUCAGUUCCUAUACCUGCUGAUUUCUGCUGCCCCCUUUCCCUAGAGCUAAUGACUGAUCCAGUGAUUGUGGCAUCCGGACAAACUUAUGAGAGGGCUUUCAUCAAGAAAUUGAUAGAUCUUGGGCUCACUGUGUGCCCCAAGACACGGCAGACUUUGGCUCAUAACAAUCUUAUACCUAAUUACACAGUAAAGGCACUAAUUGCACACUGUUGUGAGUCAAACAAUGUGAAGUUGCCUGAUCCCAUGAAGUCCGUGAGUUUAAAUCAGUCGGAUCCCCUUGUGCAUGCAGAAUCUGGCUUGUCAAGAGAUUCAAACAGUGUUCCACAUUCUAGAAGCAGCCAACCAAUGUCACCUAAUUCAUGGUCUACUGGUCAAUCUAAUAAGAACCUAAUCACAUUCAGUGGACUUAAUCAGGAAGGAACCUCCCCAUUACAUCCACGUUCCAGCUUAGAGGGUUCUUUUCCGGGUAUAGAUGGAAAAGGAGAUGUUCUGGAUGUUGCAAGAGUAUCACUAAGUAGUGAUGAAGACAGAUCAAACUUGGAACAGAGGGAUAGCAAUUCAGUUGGCCAACCCCCUAUACCACCUUCUAUUCAAGAAUUUCAUAAUUCUGGAAAGUCAUCUCUCAACCAUACAAGAUCCGUUUCAGCAUCAAGUACACUUACUAAUUCCGAUUUUCCUCGAGUAGAAAUUGGGGAUGCCAAUGAGGCCUUUGAGGAGUCAACUCAUUUCGGGGCCAAUAGUGAUAAUACUGGAGAGGCGAAAUCUGACCUGCAGCCUGAGGCUAGCUCAGCAAUCCCAAGAAGGGAAGUUGAGUUCUCUCCUCGAUUUAUGGAUCCACGAUCUCGAAUCCAAACAAAAUGGCGCCGACCAUCAGAGAGAUUCAUGCCAAGGAUAAUUUCUUCUCCUGGUACUACGGAGAACAAGGACGACCUUUCUGGAACUGAAACCCAUGUUAAGAAGCUGGUAGAGGACUUGAAGAGCACUUCAGUCGAAACUCAACGAGAGGCCACUGGUGAACUCAGGUUACUUGCCAAGCACAAAAUGGUUAAUCGGAUUAUAAUAGCGAACUGUGGGGCUAUUACCUUGUUAGUUGAUUUGCUCUAUUCACCAGAUAUAAAGACUCAGGAAAAUGCUGUUACAGCACUUCUUAACUUAUCAAUUAAUGAUAACAACAAAGCAGCUAUUGCUAAUGCAAAUGCAAUUGAGCCUCUGAUUCAUGUCCUCGAGACAGGAAGUCCUGAAGCUAAAGAAAAUGCUGCUGCCACGCUUUUCAGCCUUUCAGUCAUUGAAGAUAACAAAGUCAAGAUUGGAAGGUCUGGGGCAAUCGGGCCUCUUGUUGAUUUAUUGGGGAAUGGUACUCCUAGGGGAAAGAAAGAUGCCGCUACAGCCUUGUUUAAUCUGUCAAUAUUUCAUGAAAAUAAGGCCCGAAUUGUGCAAGCUGGUGCUGUAAGACACCUUGUGGAGUUGAUGGACCCAGCAGCUGGAAUGGUUGAUAAGGGGGUUGCGGUUUUAGCAAAUCUUGCCACAAUUCCUGAAGGGAGAACUACAAUUGGGCAGGAGCAAGGGAUCCCCGUGCUGGUUGAGGUCGUUGAGUUGGGUUCAGCAAGAGGAAAGGAAAAUGCCGCCGCUGCUCUUUUACAGCUGUGCACAACCAGUAACAGGUUUUGCAAUAUGGUGCUACAAGAAGGAGCUGUCCCGCCAAUAGUUGCCCUGUCCCAGUCUGGUACACCCAGAGCUAAAGAGAAGGCACAAGCGCUUCUGACCUUCUUCAGAAACCAGCGACACGGUAAUUCCGGAAGAGGAUGAGAGUAGGAAAAGAAGCUUCAUUUCCACCCAAGGUUUUGGGGUCUAUACAGUUUGUAUGUAUUUGAUGUUGCGGAUAGCGCAUGUGUAGGUAUUGCUGUACUGGUUCACUGGGUCUAUUGUAGAGGAAGAAAUAAUA